GAUCGCCCUCUCCUUCCUUCACCACCCAGAACAUUCAGGACCUGCCUACCAUGCCUGACACUGCUACUUCUGUUACCGCUGCUUGUAAGUUCUGUGCGAAGAAGUCGUCGAAUAACAUCACCCUCAAAACUUGCGCCAAAUGCAAGGCCCAAUGGUACUGCUCGCGUGAGUGUCAGAAGGCCGAUUGGAAGACCCACAAAAAGACUUGUGGCAAGAACGCCGACGACACAUUCACCAAUACAACCUCAACCGGCCAUAGCCGUCCCCAGGCAACCUCAAGCAAUCAUACCCGUCCCAAGAACCUCGAGGUCUUUAUCGAGAAGCCGUUUCACCAGUUGCACAGCAAAAAGUGGCUUCACAACCGCCCGGAGAAGGAUGUCUACAAGCUCCUGAUCGAUACCUAUCGGAUGAAGAUGGAGGACCAAUACACUAUCGAAGGUAAAGUCGAUGAGGACUCUAUCUAUUCCGAUAGACCCGACAGUCGCGACGGAUUUCAUCGAUUCCUACGCCUGGUGGAACAGAAACCUGACUUGCUUCCCUCGUGGUGGUCUCCGGAGAAAGCCACCGCGUGCGUGGCCUAUGGGCUAAACAAAGACAAUUGGAGCUCGCUCGACUGUUGCGCCGAAAAGGGGGACUUUAUCGAACACUACGGGGAUCCCACCUUUCCGAUGCAAAUGAGAAUGUUUGGAGAGCAGAUUUAUGGGAGGGGACCAGGAGGACAGCCUGGAUUGCCAAUGAUGCAGAUGAUGAUGCAGGCAGAAAAGGGCGGAGUGCACACUAGUUUGCUGAAUAUGCGUCGUUGAGCUGAGUAGGAGUCGUCUACGCCAAGAAGUUGACGGGGAGUUUGGCUAGGAUGGAUAAAUUUCUCUACUCUCUUCCUAAUAUGUAAAUGAUUGUUAACCACGCUGUUUAGGC